AUGAGCUGCCCUGAGUCUCUAAAGACAGGGAAGAAUGCUGGUUCCCCUCAAAAACAAGUUAUCUUCAAAAAAACCACCCGUGACAAAGCUCUGACCAUCUACCUGGGAAAGCGUGACUUUGUUGACAACAUGGGGACUGUGGAACCUGUAGAUGGUGUUGUAUUGGUGGAUCCUGCAAUGAUCAAGGGGAAAAAAGUGUACGUGACCUUGACCUGUGCUUUCCGGUAUGGCCAGGAAGACAUUGAUGUGAUUGGCCUCACCUUCCGACGGGACCUGUUUUUCUCUAGGGUCCAGCUGUACCCACCUGCUGACAAGCCAGACUCUCUCACCCACUUGCAGGAAUCUCUGUUAAAGAAGCUGGGGAAAAAUGCCUAUCCCUUUUUCUUUACAUUCCCAGAUUACCUGCCUUGUUCAGUCUGUUUGCAGCCUGCACCUCGUGAUGUUGAUAAGAGCUGCGGGGUGGACUUUGAGGUGAAAGCUUUCUCAACAGAGAAUGUGGAAGAGAGAAUUCAUAAGAGGAACUCUGCACGCCUAUUGAUCCGAAAGGUGCAAUAUGCUCCAGAACAGCCAGGACCCCAACCUUGCGCAGAGACCACGUGGCAAUUCUUCAUGUCCAACAAGCCGUUAAACUUGAAAGCUUGCCUCAGUAAAGAGGUGUACUACCAUGGUGAGCCCAUUCCAGUCACUAUCACAGUCACCAACAACACAGAGAAAACAGUGAAGAAGAUCAAAGUCCAGGUGGAGCAGGUUGCCAAUGUGGUUUUGUACUCCAGUGAUUACUAUACAAAAGUGGUAGCUGCUGAGGAAGCACAGGAGAAGGUGCAGCCAAACAGCAGCCUGACCAAGACACUGACAGUUUUGCCCUUGCUAGCAAAUAACCGGCAGACCCGGGAAAUAGCCCUGGAUGGAAAGCUAAAAGAUGAGGACACCAACUUGGCUUCUAGUACCAUUAUUAAGGAUGGAAUAGACAAGACAGUGAUGGGGAUUCUCGUUUCCUACAAGAUCCGAGUGAAGCUCACUGUUUCGGGUAUGCUGGGAGACUUCACCUCCAGUGAAGUGGGCACAGAGCUGCCGUUUCGUCUCAUGCACCCCAAACCCGAGGAAAAGAACCCAGCAGGGAAGGAUGGUGAUGCAGAGAUGGUAUUUGAGGAGUUUGCUCGUCAACAGCUAAAAGAUAUGCCUGAUGAUGAAGAAAACAAGAAUAUUUCCUCAACUGAUGAGUGAUGAAAACAGCAAGCUGCUAGAGAAGCUGUAUAGUCUGGCAUCGUUUAGAAAUUUAGGACCUAGGUUCCUGGUAAACUGCAUGUUCUGAGUGCAUACAUUGUCUUUCAAGGAUCAGUAGACAUAAAAUCAUGAAUCUCUGUUGCUUACUAAAAGUUUUAGCUCCAUAAAAAUGUAGCAAACUCAACACUUGAUGCUUACUCUAGUUACCAGAGGAGGGCAGGAAGGCUGCUCUGCUGUGACAUGUGCUUCACUGGCACCUAACAAAAUGGUGGUUACUUUCACCACUGAUGAGGGCUUAAACGAUGGCUUGUGCAGCCUGCUUAUACUUAGCUGGGGUCACGGAGUCUCUGCUUUUGAAAUGCUAGCGAACUAAGUUCUAGUUUGAAUGGCUGGCUUGCUGCCUUUGACUUGAAGUUCCUCAGUGGACUAUGCAAAAUUGAUUUUAUUUCCUUUUGUUUGCUUUUGCAUUUUUCCUUUAUCAAAUUCAUCUAGUUAAUAUUUUCAGUGCUUGCGCUGUCCCCAUGUAUUGCUUACAUCCAUUUGCUCUAGCAUUAAAUGUCUUGCAAGUCAUCUUUCACAGCAACUGUAACGCUGAGAUACUAUGUUAGCUUUUUCGCAAUAUGUUUAAUAGUUAUGUUAUUAAAGAUCAGGGAAAUGUGCAUUGUACAUGAAUUUCUUAACAAAGAUCCCUAUAUACAACCCCAGAGAACUGGUAGUCUAGACUAAUGCUAUAUGUAAUCUAGUUUCCCGUAUGCAGCAGUACUUCAGAAGAGGGUACAAUAAAAUUAAGGAGGAAAUCACAGGGCAGCCUGCCCUGAGGAGGCUUUUCCUACAUCCAUCUGCCAGAGAU